AUGAAUAUGAGAAAUUGCUGCAGUUCCGGUAUGAAGUGUUAUGGGUAUGGCGGCCUCUACCCCAACUACGCGCUCUGCAUGUCGUACUGUUCUUCCGACUAUUGGGAGGGUGCGGCAUGCAACUUGCUCGGCAGCGGCUCUGCUUCCACCUCCUUUUUGCAGUCGAACGACGAGGAAGAUGUUGAUCUCUCUGCUCGAGGACUUCAAGGACCGCCUGCUGUCCCCGGGCGGACGUCCUCCGAGGGGCCCGGCAGCAUGAUUGCUCCUGGCCUCCCGGAGCAAAAAGCUACAGCUGCUGGUGCGGACGAGACGGAGCAACAGCACGCUCCUCCUCAUCCUGCUGUUCCGGAGCUGCUGGUUGUGUCCUCUGGGGAAAAUCAGGAGGGCGUGCUGCUGGUGUGAAAGGCUGGCAUCCAGCAGAGGUGGCCCAGUGACCGAGAUCACGCACCAAGAGCUUUUUCUUUUGCCGAUUUCAUCGAAAAUUUUGCAGCAACCCGAUAGAUUGCUUUUUUUUUUUCCUGUUUGUUGUAUAGGUCUAGGUCUACAUCUGCUUCUUUCGCGUUCUCGUGGCCUAGCAUUCGCGUUUUUCCAUUUGUACUUGGAUCAUUUUUUGACAGAAUUUUCGUACAUCAAGUUAGCCUAUCAUCACCAAGCCAAGUUGUAAACGGAAGGUGCCAGGUACUAUCCUGUUUCCUUUUAAACAGCUUUUCUGCAAAUUCCGCGAACGCGAUCAAAGUCACAGUGGGUCAACAAGCUACACUUCUUUCUUCAUCUUUUGUUUCUUACACUGAGCCAUAUCUCCCGUUUGCUACGACGAACUUCUACGAUCAAGUAAAAGCAAUACAAACUACCACAUCUUCUACAUAAGUAUUCAAAUCAAUACGUCGCAUUUUCUCUAGCAAUUACUGUUCGACAGACAAAUUACACGUAGCCCGUUGUGUUUUUUGCACUAUUUUAACUUUCGUCCGCAUCCGCAACCAGAAACAAUCUCACCCCCGCUGGAAUAUACAAAACAGCUACCCAGGAUACGACGGGCAGAGGCGCAGGAGAUCUUCCAAGCAGCUAGUUUCGCCGUGCUUGUCGAAGGUAGCAGUAGGCUACUUUCAAGCGGCGCUGUUCGCCUGGAUUUUACUUUUUGUACCUACGUUUCGCUUGUCAGUAUCGUACAGAAUACAUUGGACCGUUGUACUCGUAGCUUCUUAAGAACUGUCGCAGCUCAUUGUUUGAUGUCGUGUGCUGGUUGCCUGCAUUACUUACUCGUUCAGCUACUUGCCAGAAUUCGUCCACACAAUACGUCUAGUUUUGGCCGUUUCUUUUCCGUUUUCACUCGCUUCGUCCAGGGUUACUUACUUACUUCUCCGUGCACCACACUGCAACGGAACGACCGCACGUAGUUUUUCAUGUCGUGCGCCAGAUGAAGUGUCAAAAGCAAAACUUCAUUAUCCUUCCCGUGACGACGACGACGAGACGAGAAAGAAAGCAGGAG